GCGUUCCAUAGCAAGAGGAACAGCUCUUCUCUUCCUAAAAUAUUGGCAAAAGGCUAUUUUUAAGGAAAUAUCCUCGUCUAAAAUGGAAGUAAACGGCAUUUCUCGAAAUCCUACUGUGAUUGCUGAGGUGUCGCUCUCGUUUCAAGAUGAACUGACUGCAACCCUUCAAAACGCACUCGGUGUUGCUGCAGAGAUCGCCGUUGUCGAGAUCACCAAACUGCUCGACAGAGCACUCAGAGAGGUACAGAACACGAUUCAAGAAGCUCUACGGGACAACAAUACCCUUAAGUUUAGGUUGCAAACAGCUGAAACACAAUUGUCUACUGUGCGUGCUCGACUGGAUCAACAGCCACAAGGGUUUGAAGAUUGCCCCAUUGGCACUAGAAGUCAGUUGGCGAAAAAAACACCUGGUAUCAGGUGUAGGCUUCAACGGGGGCGUCGGCAGUUAAAUAACCGUAAUGUCGUGCACUCAAGCCCCAUACAAGAAACCGAACCCGCUAUGGACUCCGAACGUGAUUAUGAAGUAUGUAGAUCCAAGGAAACUAGUGCAAACUUGACCCAGAGAGGAUCACACUCCGAGAUCCCAUCUGGAGGUGUGUGUGCUCGGACGUCGGAUACACUGGACGAAGCAAUCCAACAUAGAUUAGAUGAAACAAAUGACACAAAAAAUGAGCAGAUGUAUACUGGGACAGAUGCGGGUGUGCUCAGUGAGGGUUCGUCCUUUGAAGUGGCUGUAAAGGUAGAGAAAGAAGAGGGUUAUGGUGACCCAAUCCCUGUGUCUCUCUCUGGAGAGGAGGAGCCCAACUCAGACAGCCUCUCUCUGGCACAGUCUCAAUUACUUGAAGACUGGAGAACGGAGUCACUGAAUUCAGAGAGCUACCAAUCAAACCUGCACUGCCAGUCCACCAACCUCCCUCUGGACCUAGAUUUCCUGUCAUCUCCGUCCUCUGGCCAACAUGCCCACUUCUCAAAACUCCACAAAAACCACCGCAAGAGCCCCAAGUGUCAUCCGUUUCCCACCGACCAAAGCCAGUAUCAUUGCAGUCUAUGCGGACGAGACUUCAACCGUAAGCACCAUCUCAAGAUCCAUCAGAGGAUCCAUACAGGAGAGAGGCCAUAUGCCUGCUCUGUCUGCAGUGCGCGCUUCCGCCAUGCAUUGACACUCACGCGCCACUUCCGCCUCCAUACAGGGGAGAAACCUUAUGCUUGUGUACAGUGUGGAAAAACAUUUCGAAAUGGUGGUGGGUUGAGGUUCCAUCAGUGUUCCAUCACAACAGCUGUAUAAAUCCACCAUUGAUGUGAAUAGUGGUAUAACAUUUUAUCCCUGCAUUAACUUUUAAAUUCCAUUAGGGAGCCUAUCUUGCAAAGAGUGUAUUUAAAAGUUGCUUUGAAUGAAAAGCAUCUGCCAAAUCAUUACCCAUUAUACUUAAAUGCCUUUCAAAAAUAUUUCUUCCCUAGGUCUGACAAUAAGAUCCUGAAUCUGGACACUACUCUGAUUUUCUAAUACUCUAAUAAAAUUAAACUUGUGUAUUUAUCUAAAUGGGACCAAUCAUUUUAAUUAAAUUAUUGCUGUCCUCUUUUGGUAUAAAAGGAGUAGCAUGGCACUGUGUCUAAAUAAGGGAUGAUGUAAAGUCUGUUGUCAUUAUUGCAAAAUAAACCCUUAUAGGUCUUGUCACCCUGAAUGGAUUUACAGUAUUGUGCAAUAAUGAUUGGCGGACUGUACAUUAUCCCUCUUAUUACACAGCUACAUUCUAAAUAAAACAAUUUGCUAUUUUUUAGUUAGACAUUGAUUUUAGUUUAAACUAUUCUAUUAUCUGAUUAGAAAGAGGCAUCCGAGUGAUAUAAGAAAGGUGAAAACGGCACAGCUAGAUUCUCUGAUGCAUGGCGAUUCUUUCUUCAAAGAUUCUGAAUUAGUGGAUUAGUGCUUAUGUGCGUGACAGACAAAGUGAUAUGCAAGAAACAAUUGGUCAGACGCACAUUUACUAAAGCCAAGCGCACACAAAUUUUUUUUAUGUUUUAACCACACAACCAUCAUCCCCGUCUGAAACUAUGAUCCUGAAAUUCAUUCACAAACUCAAGGACAUAGCAAUGGGAGAGUUUAUCUGUUAUAACAAGUCAACAAACACGAAAGACAUUAUUGCACUGAUUUGCACAGAAAGGGAAAAAAGUCAUUGGUUCAGAAGAUGUGGGUGAUGUUUUUAUUUUGUAAUUUUUUUUUUGCCUAAUGCCUUUCUCUCCUCUUGUGCUCUAUAUUUCUUUGACUGUUGCUCAUUGCUGGUGUCUCGCUCAUCGGAACAGUGCACAUAGGAGAUGCUUGAUUGAUUUCUUAAGCAGCAACACUAUUUGUCUCACCUUACUAUCACCUGUGGUGUGGAAAAGAGAAGCUGACAUCUCUGCUCUCACAGAAGCCAAUAUCUCAUGUAGCCAUCCUGGACCAGAAACCAAUAGUUGUUGUUCUAGUUAUUGACUAGAGAUUGAUUCAUUCUAAAUUAAUGAUUUAAUACUAUUUAAUAAUGUUUGUGUAUUGAUAAAUAAAAAUAAAACAAAUUGGAGGACAAGAUGCAUUGAGAAUCAUGUGGUAAUCUAAUUAUUACCCUUUCAAUCGUAAUCAAAUCGUGAGUUCAGUGAAGAUUCACACCUCUAGUAAUCAGUUGCCUUGGUCAGAAGUCAACUAUAUAGUUUAGUGGUCUACGUACACAAAUAUUUGACUGGAAAAUAAUGCAUUUAAUCAAUCUGAAUUUAGUAUUCACAGAGAGCAGUAAUAAUACGCAUUAUAUUCUGGUCUUCAGAUUGACAACACACUAACUGUUGAAAUUUGUUAGGGAAACACUGACCAAAAAUUCGUUAUUGCUAUGAUUAGAUCACAGGGGCCUUAAACACCAGUAACAGAACGGUUAUGAUGUCAGGUAAGAUUCCAUCCCAGUUUAGCAUUUUUAUGGUCUAUCAGAUGAAGAUACUGUACAUGUACAGUUGAAGUCAGAAGUUUACAUACAUUUAGGUCAUUAAAACACAUUUUAACCACUCGUUUAGGACAUCUACUUUGUGCAUGACAAGUAAUUUUCCAACAAUUGUUUUCAGAUGGUUUCACUUUGAAUUGACUAAAUCACAAUUCCAGUGGGUCAGAAGUUUACAUACAAGUUAAUUGUGCCUUUAAGCCACUUGGAAAAUUCCAGACAAUUAUGUUAAGCCUUUAGGCAAUUAGCCAGUUAGCUUCUGAUAGGAGGUGUACUGAAUUGGAGGUGUAACUGUGGAUGUAUUUUAAGGCCUACCUUCAAACUCAGUGCCUCUUUGCUUGACAUCAUGGAUAAAUCAAAAGAAAUCAGCCAAGUCCUCAGAAAAAAAAAUUGUGGACCUCCACAACUCUGGUUCAUCCUUGGGAGCAAUUUCCAAAUGUCUGAAGGUACCAAGUUCAUCUGUACAAACAAUAGUACUUAAGUAUAAACACCAUAGGACCACGAAACCAUCAUACCGCUCAGGAAGGAGAUGCACUCAGCAGAAUCAGGGUCAGCUGUAGAAGUGCAGGGGUAGCGGUAGGAGCCACAGAGGAAUUGAGUGGGAAAGUAUCGAUUACAUUGAAGCAAUGCACUAGAGCGUCCUUUUAUAUCUGCAGACUUCAGUGGGGAGAAACACACCAGGCACUGUGGUAAAAAUAAAGCAUGAGUGGUAUUUAACAAACAUUCUCUGCAACCAGAUGCUUCAUAGGUUUAAUGGCACAAUGUUAGGUGUAGUUCAGUCUUUAGUUGACAAUAAUAUAAGGUUAACCUGUGGCGCUUACUGUGUUUCUGGCAGCAGCGUUCUUGUUGUCUUUGAUAUCCAUUAUUCUCUGUGUUUGAAAGGGAGAAGAAAGCACCUUAUGCCCACAGUACAGAACAGUCAGAACUCACUGACUAAUUUGAUCAGUGUGCAGUAGUUCAGGGACAGAACCCACAGGGCUUUGUGAUAGCACUGCCAGCACUAGUGCUCUAAUGAGUGUCUCCAUGAGGGUUAACUGUCUAAAUGCUGAACAGCCAUUUUGAAUGCAGCAGUUGGUAUUUAUGAUGCAACAAAAUAGUAAAAAGCUCACAUUAAAAUGUCUAUCAUAAAGGAAGAUUAUUCUCACGUUUGGUGAGGCAUUUCCCUUUUUGCUGAGCAGAUUAGUCAGAUAAUUCACCUGUGAAUCACCUACAGAACAAUGAAGGGCAUAUUUGCUGGGCAUUACAACAUCUGAAAUGUGCAGUAAGAGACUGUAGCUUAAAUAAGGUAUGUUCUGUUAUAUUCUCAGGACUAAGUGAAAGUGACCCUUUCCUACUGCAUUCCACUGUAUAACUGUCUGUCUCACUCUUCUUUUCUUCUUGCUGAUUUGCUGUUCCAUUUUAGUUUUUAUAUCUGUUUUCAGAGCCUUUUGUAUUUUUUCAGACUAAUUUGUCUGACUCUUACAGUGGGUUCCAUCUGAUCUGUUAUUUAAUUCUGUAAAUAUUUGUGUUGUGGUGUCCAUCUGUUCUGUGUGGAGAUGAAAAUGCAACCGCAUAUGUUACGGUGACAACCCAUGCACAACAGGCUCCUGGAAAGUCCUGAAGUUACUCUGGAGUUUCAUGACAUGAUAAUCUCAAAAUCUAUUCUGCCCUUAGAAGUCUAAAUGCAGUAACUACACAUUUUGUCACAACAUUUGGUGUCCUAGAUAAUGAUCAGAUGGGUUUGGCUCAACUGAAACUGCAUGAGACUGUAUUUUCUAAACCACAUUUGGCUAGAUGAUCUAGAAGAGCUAGAAGCUCUUCUUCUUAGUGUCAGGUUUGGUUACUGUAA